AUGGAGCGCGCGCCGCCCGACGGGCUGCUGAACGCGUCGGGGGCGCUGGCGGGAGAGGCGGCGGCGGCUGCGGGAGGGGCGCGCGGCUUCUCCGCCGCCUGGACCGCGGUGCUGGCAGCGCUUAUGGCGCUGCUCAUCGUGGCCACGGUGCUGGGCAACGCGCUGGUCAUGCUUGCCUUCGUGGCCGACUCGAGCCUCCGCACCCAGAACAACUUCUUUCUGCUCAACCUCGCCAUCUCCGACUUCCUCGUGGGUGCCUUCUGCAUCCCGCUGUAUGUGCCCUACGUGCUGACGGGCCGCUGGACCUUCGGCCGGGGCCUCUGCAAGCUGUGGCUGGUGGUGGACUACCUGCUGUGCACUUCUUCUGUCUUCAACAUCGUGCUCAUCAGCUAUGACCGCUUUCUGUCUGUCACCAGAGCGGUGUCCUACCGGGCCCAGCAGGGUGACACACGGCGGGCAGUGCAGAAGAUGGCAUUGGUGUGGGUGCUCGCCUUCCUGCUGUACGGGCCAGCCAUCCUGAGCUGGGAGUAUCUGUCAGGAGGCAGCUCCAUCCCUGAGGGCCACUGCUACGCUGAGUUCUUCUACAACUGGUACUUCCUCAUCACAGCCUCCACCCUGGAGUUCUUCACGCCUUUCCUCAGUGUCACUUUCUUCAACCUCAGCAUCUACCUGAACAUCCAGCGGCGCACCCGCCUUCGCCUGGACGGGGGCCGAGAGGCUGGCCCUGACCCCCCGCCUGAGGCCCAGCCCUCCCCGCCUCCACCGCCCCCGGGCUGCUGGGGCUGCUGGCCCAAAGGGCAGGGGGAGUCCAUGCCACUGCACAGGUAUGGGCCGGGUGAGACUGGCCCCGGCGCUGAGGCUACAGAGGUGGCCCCCGGGGGUGGCAGUGGCGGGGGUGCCGCAGCCUCGCCCACCUCCAGCUCUGGCAGCUCCUCCAGGGGCACAGAAAGGCCACGCUCCCUCAAGAGGGGCUCCAAGCCCUCUGCAUCCUCAGCAUCUCUGGAGAAGCGCAUGAAGAUGGUUUCUCAGAGCAUCACCCAGCGCUUCCGCUUGUCACGGGACAAGAAGGUGGCCAAGUCCCUGGCCAUCAUUGUGAGCAUCUUCGGGCUCUGCUGGGCCCCGUACACACUGCUAAUGAUCAUCCGAGCUGCCUGCCAUGGCCACUGCGUCCCUGACUACUGGUACGAGACCUCCUUCUGGCUGCUGUGGGCCAACUCGGCCGUCAACCCUGUCCUCUACCCCCUGUGCCACUACAGCUUCCGCCGAGCCUUCACUAAGCUCCUCUGUCCUCAGAAGCUCAAGGUCCAGCCCCACGGCUCCCUGGAGCAGUGCUGGAAGAAGAUGAAGAAGAAAACACGUCUGUGAACUUGAUGUUCCUUGGAUGUUUAAUCAAGAGAGACAAAAUUGCCGAGGAGCUCGGGGCUGGAUUGGCAGGUGUGGGCUCCCACGCCCUCCUCCCUCUGCUGCGGCUUCCGGCUGAGCAGUGCCAGCUGCUUCUGCCCGCCCCAGCCCUGGGCUUGGGACAAUGGGAUGGCCCAACUGGCGGCUCUGAGCCACAGCCAGAGCCAAGCAAUGCCUCUC